AGCUAUUGCAGAUGCGGUAAGGCAUUCAUUGGGUCCUCAGUUUCCAAAGAAUGUUUUUAAUGAGCACCGUGGCCAUAUGAGGAGGAGAUUUUUCAGCAGUGAGCUAUAAUGGAAUGCAGAUGGAUUGGAAAUGGAGAUAAAGGGCAGCUCUGAUUUGAUAUGAGAAUCACAAUGUUGUGCCAGACUUGGAUCUUCAAUGGCUCGGGCAAGAUUGAGCAAGUGGCUGAAAUGAGUAUGAACACUAUUCUAGAAGAGAUUCUGAUUAAAAGAUCACAACAGAAGAAGAGGACAUCUCCUUUAAAUUACAAAGAGAGACUUUUUGUGCUCACAAAAUCCAUGUUAGCAUAUUAUGAAGGUCGACCAGAGAAAAAGUACAGAAAAGGUUCAGUUGAUAUUUUCACAAUUAAAUGUGUGGAAACUGUGAAGACUGAUGGUAUCAUUCCCUGUCAAAAUAAAUAUCCAUUUCAGGUGGUGUAUGAUAACAGCACACUUUAUAUUUUUGCUCCUACUCCAUACAGCAGGGACCAGUGGGUACGGCAUUUGAAAGAAGAAAUAAAGAACAACAAUAAUAUCAUGGUUAAAUACCAUCCAAAAUUCUGGACUGAUGGCACCUACCAGUGUUGCAGACAGACAGAAAAAUUAGCACCUGGCUGUGAAAAAUAUAACCUCUUUGAAAAUGGUAUAAGGACGGUGCCUGCACCAGUACCAGUUAAAGAUAAGAGGAGGCCUCCACCCCCUGUUCCCCCAGAAGAAGAUGAAGAUGAAGAAAUCGUAAUUGCCAUAUAUGACUUCCAGCCCACAGAAAAUCAUGACUUGAGACUAGUAAAAGGUGAAGAAUAUACAAUCAUUGAAAAAAACGGCAUUCAUUGGUGGAAAGCUAGAGAUAAAUAUGGAAGUAUAGGAUAUAUUCCAAGCAACUAUGUAUCGGGGGAAAAGUCCAAUGACUUUGAUCAGUAUGAGUGGUACUGUAGAAAUCUGAACAGAGGAGAAGCAGAACAGCUCCUCAGAAACGAGGAUAAAGAAGGUGGUUUUGUGGUGAGGGACUCCAGCCAACCUGGUUUAUAUACAGUAUCGCUUUACGCAAAAUUUGGAGGAGAAGGGUCAUCUGGAAUAAGACACUACCAUAUCAAAGACACAGUGACCUCACCGAAGCAAUACUACCUAGCAGAAAAGCAUCUCUUUGACUCCAUUCCAGAGUUAAUUGAGUAUCAUAAACACAAUGCAGCCGGACUUGUGACAAGGCUACGAUAUCCAGUUACUCCAAAGGAGAAAGUCACACCAACUACUGCUGAAUUCAGUUAUGAGAAAUGGGAAAUCAAUCCUGCAGAGCUGACCUUUAUGAGAGAACUGGGCAGCGGCCUCUUUGGGGUCGUGCGUCUGGGCAAGUGGAGGGCCCAGUAUAAAGUGGCCAUUAAAGCAAUCCGAGAAGGUGCAAUGUAUGAGGAGGACUUCAUAGAGGAAGCUAAAGUCAUGAUGAAGCUGACCCAUCCUAAGUUAGUUCAGUUGUAUGGAGUUUGUACUCAGCAAAGACCUAUUUACAUAGUGACAGAAUUCAUGGAGCAUGGUUGCCUUCUGAAUUAUCUUCGGCAGAGACGUGGGCAUUUCACUAAUGACAACCUUCUGACAAUGUGCCAGGAUGUAUGUGAAGGAAUGGAGUACCUAGAAAGAAAUGGCUUUAUCCACAGAGAUCUAGCCGCUCGGAACUGUUUGGUGAAUGAGUCGGGUGUGGUGAAAGUAUCUGACUUUGGAAUGACCAGGUACGUUCUUGAUGAUCAGUACACAAGCUCUUCAGGUGCUAAAUUCCCAGUCAAGUGGUGCCCACCAGAAGUUUUUAAUUAUAGCCGGUUCAGCAGCAAGUCAGAUGUCUGGUCUUUCGGAGUUACUAUGUGGGAAGUGUUUACGGAAGGGAAAAUGCCUUUUGAAACAAACACAAACUAUGAAGUGGUGACUAUGAUUAGCCGAGGACGCCGUCUGUUUCGGCCGAAGUUAGCCUCUAAGAAUGUUUAUGAAGUCAUGAUGAUGUGUUGGCAAGAGAACCCAGACAGACGUCCUACAUUUCAAGAUCUCCUUCGAAAUAUUUAUGCCAUAUCAGAGGAUUCUUCUUGAGAAGGAAGGACAGAAGCACAGAAGGUCACAGUAGAGCUGGCCCGGAAUGCUGCUGUGUUCUUUCUUGUUACUGGAUGCUGCUGAAUGGACCACAAAGGGACAAAGCAAUAAACAUGUAAUAUUUUUGUAAGAAGAGAUUCACCAAGACAGCCGUCAUUUCCUCAGCUACUUACGCAAUACUCCCUCUGAACUGGACAACCAUGAGUGUUGUCAAGGAACAAAAAUGUAGACCAGACACCUCCAUUUGACCACUAAUCUACACAUGAACGGCACACGUCUUUAUUUCAUUUCUACUUUCAGAUAAUAGUUAUCACUAAUCAAAUAUAACGAACCAAUGUGGUGUAGUGGUUAAAGAGUGUCAGAUAAGAAUGUAGAAGUACUGGGUUUGAGUCCCUGCUAGUCUGCCCUGGAAGCAUGAUGAAUGAACUUGGACCAGCUGCCCACACUCAGCCUGAUUUACCUCCCGGGGUUGUCCUGAGGAUAAACUAGAGGACAGGAUAACGAGGUAAGCCACUUUGGGGCAAAAGGCAAGGUUCCCUACCCCGGUCUAAAUGAACUAAACAGAUAAGAUGAAGAAGAAUGAGUCUUGUGUAAGCAUCAGCCUGUCUAUAAUAUUCCUUUCAGGGGGAUGUCUUUUAAAGCCGGCAUCUCUCAGUGGCUGGUCAAAGCUAUAAAUAUUGCUGCUAGUUCAUAACCCCCGAGAUUUCCCUCUUUUUAAAUGUACCUUUUUGAUUGUGAGCACUGAUCAGCGACUCUGUUUUGCAUUAAGGAUUGUACUUUUUAUAUUUUAUCACAGUCCCCUAGAGAAUUUUUAAGUAGGGGCUGGUAGGCCUAAAGCCAAUCAUAUCGAUAUGACUGCUGUGUGCAUGUUAAAACGUAGUGAUAGUGCAUCUGAUACACAGGGAAAAAAGGUGUAUGUAUCGAAACUUCUGAUUGGCUGGACCAAACACUGCUGUAAUUCAUCCUGGUGCACAAGACAGCACUGUGAAUAGACCAUUGAGGAAGCAACUGGAGGGUGGACUUUGGCAUAGCAAUCUUACAGUAAUUUAUAUAACCUGCACAUUGUAAAUAGACGUGUAUUUAUAUGAAAUCACAAGUGUACCUUUGACAUGCAUCAUUUGUAAGGAAAGUAAAACACCUAUAAUUGGAAUUUUGCCAUA